GUCCAUGCCAGGAGAGAGACGUCGUGCACACAAAAGGCAAGCCAUCAAAGCAACCGACAGAGACAUCAGCGCAGCCCGUCCAACCGACCAGCCAGUAAAUCGUCAGACGUCACAAAAUGAAAUGCGGCCAGGAGCGAGAGAGAGACAAACAAACAAACAAACGGUGUGUGAGGUGCUGACACCGUCCACACACGAGGAAGGAGAGAAGCCGAGACGACAGGAGAGGAGAGAGAGAGCUGCAAUUACGAGGAGAUGAUGGCGGUCUUGCCGCCCUGCAUCUUGCCCAUCAUCUGCACCACACAGGAGACACAGCAGGCAGGCAGGCAGGUAAAGGGACACCACAGGAACAUCCAUGUCUCCCUUUCCGUACGGGCAGAAAUGCGAGGAUGGCACAGAUGAGGGUGAGGAAGAUGGCAACGAUGGCGAUGAUGGAGGAGUAGUCGAGGGGGCACACGAUCCUCUCGCCGUCCUUGUCAAAGCAAGACGGGUAUUCGCUGCGAGAGCCGUCCGUCAAGAUGCCCCACACCAUGAUGCCUGCAUGUGUAAGCGAGGCAAGCGGCAUGGGCCCGUCGGUGUGUAUUGGGUGUGAGCAGCUGCUGACCGACGAAGAAAAAGAUGAGUGCUCCGAUGUAGCUGAAGGGGAUGAAUACCGCAAGCUUGUCAUUCCCCAGCAAGCCGAGGACACUGCUCACAACACAGAAGCUCUUGGGGCUGUUGUGCGAUAGAGACAUACCCGCUGAGAAAGUCUUACCCGCCAAUGGCGCCAACGAGCAGAAGGGCUACGCCGAAGGUCCUGAAAGGACACGGAGGUGCAUCGACAGCUACUCUCACUUUGCUGCCUUAAUACGGUACGUAGGCGUCAGAAAGCUCACCCGAGUGAGACCAUCGUGUACCCGCCGUUGAUGCUCCUCUGCAGGGCCUUGCAAUCGUCCUGCAGCGAAAUGUGCCACACAUGACAGUGCCAUUCGUCAGGCUUGCAAUGCUGUCGGCGAGUCUGUCCACCCAGUUGCCGGCGGAGCAAUCGUGGUGCACUUGGUCUGGCACACACAGAUGCAGUGCAGAGGAUGGAUGCAGCCGCCGAUUGAGCAGCCCUGUCGAGCCAAUACUUACCAUGGUACUGCUUGUAGUCCCGCUGGUCUUCGUAGCUGGAGCGGCACACACACGCGUCCAAUGACUUGUCCUUGACCAGGUAACCUGUGCACGCAGACGUGCAGUACGAAAUGCGAAAUGGACAGCCAUUAAUCAUGAGUAUAAUGCUUGCCGUCUUUCUGAAGGCAUGUGAAUGUCGAGUCGACUCCAGCGAUGGAGUCGUCGUGGCAGUUGUCGUACGUGGCCUUCGCAGUGAAUCCCACCACAGAGUGGGUCAGACCUGCAGUCAAUGCAUCCGUUAGCAUGAAAACCAUGAUCCCUCCUCAUUCACCCACCCACCCACCGUAGGCUUGGAACACCUCGUCAUCGGAAUUUGCGACCUCCACACGAUUUGCACGCCAGUGGUCCGUUGCCAUGGCUGCCAAAAACACAAACAAACGCGUUCCUUCCCCCAUUCAACAGGGACACGCAUUCGUCGAUUUCACAUUCAUACCGGCAAUCAUGAGGAUGGCGGCGCAGAAGGCAAGGAUUGUACCGAUGAGCCCAAGGAUCUGCAUCGUGGCUGCGCUUUCAGGCCCUUCG